AUGCACGAAAGCGAACUGGUCAACUUGGGUGGCGGCUAUGCAAGACUACCCCACCAGGAAGGCUCAAAGAUAUAUAUCUCACACUUACCCCCAGAUGUGGACGAUUUGGAUGUGAACCAAUUACUGACCGAGACCAUUGGACCUGUGGUCUACGCUUUUGUAGUGUACGAUGCUCGAGGCAUGACAAAAAUGUCGGCGGUAGCAAGCUUCGUAGAUCCAGAACAUGCGUUCAAAGCGGUUGAACUGUAUAAUGGCAAAGUCAUUGACGGGAAGGAACCUAUUCGAGUCGAACAAAUUGGAAUGAAUCCUAAGUUACGCACUGGACCCCUCAUGAACUCUAGGGACAAUACUUCCGUUGCUAAGGCUGGGACUGUUGGGCAGGGGGCGAAGUCUCUUAUCGACCGCGUUACUCAAGCGCCCAAACCCCCAGCAUCGCUCCUUAAUCGUGUUUCUGCACGCCCUGCUCCCCUCUUUCCGACACCUGUUACUACUAACGAUAGCGUCAAGAAACUUCCGGACCGAAUACAGCCAAUUUCUACCACCACAAACGGCGCUGCUCAUGCUCACCCGCCUCCAAAGCUCAAACGCGUGAAGAAGGGGCCAAAACGGCUACAAAAGUUUGCGCAACUCCAGCAAUUAGAACAAGAAAUGGAUCAGUACAGGAGCUCUGCUCCUACUGGACUUGGUUUGCGUGGAUAA